GUUUAACUAAAUUGCUACUGAUUUAGUUACAAAAAGGCUUUUUUUUACUUUAACCCCACCGGAUUAUUUGACCAAUUAAAGUUUACGUUUCUAUCCAUUUUUUUAAACUGGUUAUUUUUAAUAAGAUGGCAAUCAAUUUUAUUCGGUGCUUGAACUCUUGCUUCCAUAGACCGUAAAAUUGGUACAUUGGUAUAGGAAAAGAGCCAAUCAAAAAGGCUUCUGUGUGACGUCACGUGUCAAUCGGCUUCCUCAUUGGACAAAGAGCUUCAGUUGCUGAUCCACAGCAUUGUUUGAAUUCGUGCGUGAUAGAAGAUUUCACAGCUACGGGAUUCAGCGCUGGUAAAUCUGCUUCUGUAUGUGGCGGACACAUGUUUAUAUGUAAAAAAACUAAUGCUGAUAUAACCUGAUAUUGUCUGGACAUGCGGCACAAUAAAUCAGCUAGCAAGCGCAAGCCAUCGACCCCCAAGCGUAGAUCUCCACCUGCCCCUCCUCCUCCUCCACCAGGACCACCAUCCAGAACCCGGCGCACCAGCGGACCCUCAGAGCCAUCCCCACACAAGAAGCGCAGGUUUCGACCUGGCACGCGAGCUCUCAUGGAGAUCCGCAAAUAUCAGAAAUCCACAGAUCUGUUGUUGCGCAAGGGCCCGUUUUCACGACUGGUACGAGAAGUGUGUCAGACAUUUAGUCGAGAUCACUUAAUGUGGCAGGGGUAUGCUCUAAUGGCUUUACAGGAGGCUGCAGAAGCAUUUAUGGUUCGUCUGUUUUCCGAUGCCAAUCUCUGUGCGAUUCAUGCCAAGAGGGUGACAUUGUUUCCACGUGAUAUACAGCUCGCUCGGCGAAUCAGAGGUGUUGAAAACCUUUAAUUUUUUCCGUUUUGGAUUUGAAGAACGUGGAAGGACACUUUGUAUAUUUCAUGAACUUUCCAUAUUUCAGUUUUUGUCAGACCUCAAUGUUAUAAAAAUGUAAUAGCCUACAUGUGACCAAGAAUACAAGAUGUUUGCUUGAAUUGAAGCAUUUUCAUGAUGACAUGUGAACUAAUUUUAAACCGAUUUUAUUGUAUUAUAUUAAAAAUGUUGUAAAGUUACAAAGAGGAUGCGUGUUAAUAAAAAGUUGUUUUGUAGUACUGCUGAUUGUGUUAUUGUUGACAGUUAUUUGUACAGGAAACUUCAGAUUGUUUUUAGUUUGAUUGUUUUUACUUCAUUUCAAUAAUAAAAUAUAUUUCUAAACCA